CGGAGACACUACCACAUGUUAUUUUACCGUAGCAACGUUGAAGCUAACGUCAGGCUUAGAGGUCUGUUUGUUGGGCUAAUGAGCUAAAGUUGUGUUCAGGGUCUUUAGGACCCCGCGGAUUUCCAUCAUCAUGGGUGGAGGCGCAGGCGGAGAAAGGUGAAGUUGCCCUCAGAGGACUGAUCACAGGUCAGUGUGGAGGUUUCCCUGGCGAAGGUGAAGGUCGUCAAACGAGCUUGGGAGCCGAUCGCCAGUCAGUUUAUAUCAACGCUAAGCGGCGCGUCUAGCGAGCGACGCAAAGAGAUAAACACAGACACAGCGGCAGCUAGCAUACAGAGAGUUUGGCUUUUCACAGUGUGGUAAUGGUUCCCAAGUUCAAAAUUACAACUCUCGACCCCUUGAGUCAUACGAAGCGAUGUAAGCGAGCAGCUUUCGCUGUUGACGUUGUUUGGGAUAGCGGCGAUCCGCAGCUUUAACGCCGCCGAGCGCCAGACGUCCAUCAUAAUCCGCAGUGUCAACAUCUCCAUUCAACUCCGCGAGCUGGAGGUUACUCCGAGCGAGCCGCUAUGCAAGCGAACACAACGCGGGGCUUCUUGUGGUCGGACGUCGAGACGCGGACCCUGCUGAACAUCUGGGGCGAGCAGGACAUCCAGGCGGCGCUGGAUGGAAACUUCCGAAAUAGCUUCGUGUACCGCGACGUCUCCCGGAGGCUGGGCGCGAUGGGGUUCGAGAGGACGCCGGAGCAGUGCAGGGUGCGGAUCAAGAGCCUCAAGAGGCAGUACCUGUUAGCGAAGGAAGGGAACCUCCGGAACAACGGCCAGUACCACAAGAUCUGCAAGUUCUAUGACACCAUGGAGAGGAUUCUGAGCAACCGGCCCGCACUUGACCCUCAGGAGUUAAUAGACGGCGGGGCGGGAGGAGAGGAGGCCGUGGACGGCCUGGAGGAGGACGGAGAGGACGCUCAGGAUGCGUAUCCAGGGAGCACAGACGAGUGUCCUUACCCUGCGGAGACUGAAGUGAAGCUGGAAUACCCGACGGUCCCCAUCCCCAUCCCGGUGAAAGUCACCGUGGGCAAUAACAGCGCUUCAGUGAGAGCUCCAAACAGCAGCCAGUCUGCCGGUGCGCUGCCGGGCCGAACACCCAAACGCCCGAGGAAGCGGCGCGCCAACUUCCCCAUGGAGAAACUGAUGGAGCAGUUCCUGGAGCAGAGCGCCCAGGCGGAGGAGAGCUUCUACCGCGCGGAGGAGCAGCGGCUGCAGGCGGAGGACCGUCGCAGGGACGCCGAGCACGCCAGGGAGCUGCACAUGCUCCAGAUGCUGGGACAGAUGUUCUCCAGCAUCUCCCACGCCAGAGGCGGCGCCGCGGCCAAGCUGGCUCCUUCGGCCUGCGCCCCGGUGUUCUCCAGCGCCUCCCCGUCGUGUGCACGUGGACAGUCCAGUCAUCUCAGACAGCAUCCGUCUCAAAAAGGCUGUUUACCGCAACACAGUGAGCUGUUGAACCCAGAUCCUCAGGCUUUAGUGUUUGAACGCUACUAUAACCUGGGCUCUACAUCACAGAGAGGCAUGGAUGAUGAUAUCGCUUCACUUGUAAGGAGCAUAGUCCCUCCUCUCACAUCCAAAAAGCACAAGGGGCAAGAUGGACGUAUUGGGAUCAUUGGAGGAUGCCAAGACUAUACUGGAGCUCCAUACUUUGCUGCCAUCUCUGCAUUGAAAGUGGGUGCUGACUUGUCUCACGUGUUCUGCACCAAAGAUGCUGCAACUGUAAUCAAAUCAUACAGUCCUGAGCUCAUAGUUCAUCCUGUUCUAGAUAGUCCUAAUGCAGUGGAAGAAAUAGAAAAGUGGCUCCCAAGACUGCACAGCCUUGUCGUGGGACCAGGUCUAGGAAGAGAAGAGUCAUUACUGAAAACAGCCAAGGAGGUGAUAGAAAAGUCGAAAGUAAGAGAUAUUCCUGUGAUUGUUGACGCAGAUGGAUUAUGGCUAGUUACACAGCAGCCAUCUGUUAUUCAAGGUUACCAGAAGGGCAUCCUUACACCUAACUUCAUGGAGUUCACCCGACUGUAUGAGGCACUGCACCAUGAACCCAUGGACAGCGGUGAUCGUCAACGCAGUGUCAUGCAGCUCAGUGCAGCCAUGGGCAACAUCACUCUGGUGCUAAAAGGAGAGCAGGAUUUGAUUACAGAUGGCAGUAGGGUGAUCUCAUGCAGUACUGAGGGCAGUGGGAGAAGGUGCGGUGGACAGGGUGACCUCCUCUCGGGGUCCAUGGGACUGCUGGCACACUGGGCCCACGCGGCUUCUGCAGCUGGAAAGCUCAAAAGUGUGAACCCAUCACUGGUUGCAGCGUUUGGAGCCUGUUCACUUACCAGGCAGUGCAAUAGUCAAGCCUUCCAGCGCCACGGAAGGUCCACCACCACUUCAGACAUGAUCCACGAAAUUGGCUCAGCCUUUAAAAAACUGUUUGAAAGCUGAAGAAGACCAACUGGAAAUAGAACCUUAUUAAUAAAUACAUUCAUAGUGGUUUUUUGAAUUAUCCAAAUUAAAAAAAAAAUCAAAACUAUUAAUAUAAUAGACUAUAGCUAGGUUGAUGGAAAAUGUUCUUAAGUCGGGUUUGAAUGAGGAGACGCCAACCCCCCAAACGCUCAGAAGUGAAUACAGACUUCUCAACUGAGAACCGAGGUGCAUUCACUGACCCUGUUAAAAAAACGAGUCUUCCGUCUUCGAUAUACCGCUCAUCACACACUUUGACGUAGCUAAAGGAACCAGCCCACCAAAGACACUGACGGGUUACAAAGGGUAAAGCAGAAACCUGUUUGAAUUUUCAAAUCAAUAAAUAACAUUUUGUGUGA